GUGAAUGGUUGUUUGUCUAUAUGUGCCCUGCCAUUGGCUGGCGACCAGUCCAGGGUGUACCCCGCCUCUCGCCCGAAGUCAGCUGGGAUAUGCUCCAGCAUACCCCUGUGACCCCAAUUAGGAUAAGCGGCAUAGAGAACGGAUGGAUGGACCAUGGUGUUGAUCUCAGUCCAGUGGCGACUUCAGGCUUAUUUUAGUGGAGCUCAAGAGUCCCUGAAAUAUUCUUAAGCACCCCUAAAUAAUUUGUUGCAUUUUUAAAAAUAUAUUUUUUUGUUUUUUGUUGGCAUGAUAUUUUUUUUUACAAAAACAUUCUCCACCCAGAGUUUCCCUGGGACCUUGCUUUCACUCUGUAAGGCAGCAUGCGUGUACCUUUUGAAGCACACAGAGCCUACUGGAACAGCAUGAGAAGUUUUUAAGUCAUGAAAACUUACUCUAAAAACUCUCAACAUACUGUUGCAAAUCUGUGUUUGUUGUUGUACUGCACAUCCUGUGCUUGUCCUGGGGGCUAAAUCUCCCAUGUCCUCAAACCCUAGUGACGCCACUGCCUCACUCUGUGUCUUCAUUGUGUCCAUAUGUUCAUGCUUGUGUGUUUAUGGCACAUUCAUGUUAUAUAACAGUAUAAUAGCUCCUCCCCUGGGCUUGAAUAGCUGUGUGUUCCACCACGUUCUCCAGAACACAUAUGACACUCUCUUGACUUAAAGUGGCAGGAUGCUUUCUCAACCCACCAGAGUUCCCAUUCUGUAUGCGUUCAAAACAACAACUUUCUGACUAAAGUGUGCUGCCGCCUCCAGCUGACAACUGUACUGUAUGUACGGUAUGUUUAAAUCUCUGUGUGGCUUCUCUGCAGAAAGGGGGGAGGAGCUGCUGGAAAAAAAAACUGGUUUUUCAAGAUAGACAAUUAAAUUGUGACAUGAAUGGCACUGAAGGACAUCGUGCUGAAGACACUGUCAAAAAAGGGAACUUGUAAGCAUGGUGAAGAAGGUGGCCGUGAUCGGCGCCGGGAUUUCAGGUCUGACCAGCAUCAAGGCCUGCCUGGAUGAAGGUCUGGAGCCCACCUGCUUCGAGAGCAGCCAUGACAUUGGUGGUCUGUGGAGGUUUAAGGAGGAACCAGAGCCUGAACGGGCCAACAUCUACUUCUCUGUGGUCCUGAACAGCUCCAAAGAGAGGAUGGCCUUCAGCGACUUCCCGCCUCCUGCCGAGCUCCCAAACAACAUGCACCACUCCGAGGUGAUGCUCUACCUGAGACUAUACGCUCAGACCUUCAGGCUGCUGCAGCACAUUCGCUUCCAGACUUCUGUGGCCCACGUGAGGCCGACUCCGGAUUUUGCCACCACUGGUCAGUGGGAGGUGGAGACCGAGGGAUGUGACGGUCAGAGAGAGACUCAGGUUUAUGACGCCAUUAUGGUUUGUACGGGACACUUCACCACGCCUCACCUGCCACUCAAAGACUUCCCAGGUAUAGAGAGCUUCAAAGGCAAGUACUUGCACAGCUGGGAAUACCGUAACACUGACGGUCUACAGGGGAAAAGAGUAGUAGUGAUCGGGAUCGGGAGCUCUGGAGGCGACAUCGCUGUGGAUAUCAGCAGGGUUGCGGAAAAGGUGUACCUGAGCACCAGGAGCGGAGCGUGGGUGGUGAGCCGCGUGGGAUCAAGGGGCCUCCCAGUGGACAUGCUUGGUACUUCCCGCAUGAACGCGACUCUGCAGAGACUCUUUCCUUCUUGGAGCAGCAGGAUGGUGGAGAAGAAAGUCAACAGCGUGUUUGAUCAUGAACUCUAUGGACUGAAACCACCACACGGGAUCUUCUCACAAAACGCUGUGGUGAGCGACGACCUGCCAGCUCGCAUCAUCUCGGGGCGCGUUCAGGUGAAACCCAACGUGAAAGAGUUCCGCGGUUCUGCUUUGGUCUUCGCUGACGGUAGUGCUAUAGACCAGGUGGACGUGGUGGUGUUUGCCACGGGCUACAACUACAGCUUUCCCUUCCUGCCUCCAGCCUUGCAGGAGAAGUCGGGUUAUCGUCUUUGUCUCUACAAGCACGUCUUCCCGGCCAGACUCUCCAAACCCACGCUGGCCGUGGUGGGCUUUGUCCAUGGCCUCGGAUCUCUCACACCCCUGGCUGAGAUGCAGGCCCGCUGGGCGACCAGAGUGUUUAAAGGUUUAUUAAAAUUACCCCCCCAGGAGACCAUGCUAGAUGAAAUAGCAACGGAAACGGAAACCAUGCAUAACAGGUACGCCUGCUCUGAACGCACCCCCAUUCAGGUGGACUACAUCCCCUACCUGGACUCUGUAGCGGAUAAAAUCGGGGUUCGACCGAGCAUCGCAGGCCUCCUGCUGAAAGAUCCCAGACUAGCACUGCAGGUGUUGUUGGGGCCAUGUACGUCCUAUCAGUACCGACUGACUGGGCCGGGCCAGUGGGCCGGAGCUCGUCAGGCCAUCUUCGCUCAGUGGGAUCGAGUAGUCCGUCCCUUCAAGACCAGAGUGGUACCUAAAGCCGGCAGGACCAGAGUGGUACCCAAAGCUAGAAGCUCUUCUAAACUGAGCAUGGUGCUUUUCUCAGGAGCAGCCCUCCUGUGCUGCUGUUUGUACAAUAAAUGAUAGACUCUAUCCUCCAGUCCUCCUUAUGUACCCCUUAGUUUAUUUAUACUGGAACAUCAAACUCAUUUCAGUUUUUGCGGUGUCACGUGUAUGAACUGUGUAGCAUGUAUGAACUCCACCUACUGUAUGACAUACAUUUAUAUAAAGGCAUUUAAACAUUCAUGUUCUGGCACUCACGUUGUUUCGCACACCAUAAUGACACAUUUACCAUCUAUAUGUUACACAUUUAUAGCUGUUAUCAUCUUUUGACUCCGGUCCAAUGUGCAGAGUGGUUCAGGUGUUGUGUUCAGGUCACUCUCUUAAAGAUUUUGCUUGAAGAGCAGACAAUGAUCACUUCAAGACCCACUCCUGACCACUUGUACUGAUAUUUAAAUGGCUGAAAUCUCAGAAGUAGUAAGUCAGAAUUGUCCUGAAUGCACCACAUCAUUCAGCUAAUGAAAUUUAUGACAACUGAUUUUUCUCGAAUGCACCAUACGCCUUGCAAAAUAAAACCUGUUCCUUCAGCCAAUUAAGCGCUGUUGAGCUACUUUUUAUCUUUCAGGUCUCUCUAGGAUUUGGCUGGCUUUUUUUUUGAUUGCUGCAGCCUAAAAUCCCAAAUUUUGUGGCACCUUAUUUUUAAAAGUUCCUAGGCUUUGACGCCUGUUUUUUUUCAGUAACAUAGUAUCAGCUUGUGAUUUUGUAGUUUGUUGCCAAGGUUUUCGGUGUUCUUUUGUAACCUUAACCCCGAAAAGCACAGGAUUUCAACAAAAAAUAUGCUAUACAGUGGAACCUUGGUUAGCAUACGCCUCGGUUAGUGUUUAUUGAAAAUUUUAGCAAAAAUUCUACCUCAUUUUGUUUACAUUUUUCGGUUAGCGUACAAUAUGACACGCGUCUUAUUAAUACACUGUCUGCUUAAUGUAUUUUUAAUCACAAAACGUCCUUGUUAGCAGACUAUCUGGUCAGCUCUGGUGCUUGUCUAUGAUGACAAGCGGGUGACUCUGUUGUUGUUAACACAAAACAAGUUUUUAUAGUUUUAGAAUUAGAUCAACAUGGACGCAACCUUGAUGUUUUGCCAUGAGUUAUUUAUUGACUUCAGCAGUGUUUCAUCCAUUCAUUCAAUUUCACUGCCGCUUAAUUAGGGUUGUGGGGGGUAUGCUGGAGCCUAUUCCAGCUGACUUUGGGCAGGAGGCAGGGUACACCUUGGACUGGUUGCCAGCCAAUCACCGGGUUCAGUCGCAGAUUUAGUACACUUUCAUACCGCUAGAAUAAUGUAUAAAGUUAAUAAUAACUCGUUACCCAAAAAUCUAAUUAAGUAUUUCUCAAUCAGAGAGGAGAAAUAUGAUCUUAGAGGAAAAUUAAACCUAAAACAUUUAUAUGCGAGAACAACGCUGAAAACCCACAGCAUUUCCGUGUGUGGAAUUAAAUUAUGGAACGGAUUGAGUAAAGAACUCAAACAAUGUACAGAGAUGAGCAAAUUCAAAAAACAAUACAAGCAGUUGAUGUUUGCUAAAUACAAGGCAGAAGAGUCC